AUGCCUGUUCCCGCAAGUGCAAUGCCCGCUGGUGCCCAUGGCCCUUCUACUUUUGACAAGCGUAAAUUCAUGGGUGCCAUGAUGGGUGGCAGUAUGUCCCCUCCCGCUGAUCUCGUCUUCUCCCGACACUCACCUCCCGUCCCAGGUGUCGGUCUCAUCAUCGGUUUCAUCUUCGGCGCAACCAACAUCAUCAGAUUCGGUCCUGGUCCCAAUGGAAUGCUCAGAACUCUUGGCCAAUACAUGGCUGGCUCUGCCGCCACUUUCGGAUUCUUCAUGUCCAUCGGCUCAACCAUUCGCACAGAAGGCACCUCGCCCAUCGUCAACCAGGCCUAUGCCAACGCCUACCGCAAGCCUUUCAUCUUGCCCAGACAGCACGCCGCACGCUCAUAG